AUGCCCCGCUCCGACGAAACCGAGUUCUGGAUCAACGCGGUGUACGCCGCCGUGCAAGAGAUCCCGAUUGGCAAGGUGACUUCAUACGGCCAUAUUGCGCUCUUGUUGGGUCAACAGAACCCGGGGACGCAGAACGACAAGCAGAAGUAUUACGCGAAGAAGGUGUAG